AUGAAGAAGGAAUUGGAGGGUUUGAAAUGGGAGAAGCAAGAUUAAGAUAGAAAAUUGGAGAGGUUAUAUGAAUAGAUUGCAUAGGCAAAUGAAAGUUAAGAUCAUUUUAGACAAUAAUUAGAGGAGGAGAUCAAGAAAACAUUUUCUUUGUAUUCAGAAAUCAAUAAGUUGAAAUAGGAAAUUGAAGAUUUAAAGGCUUAGCAUCAAAAGGAAAUGCUAUAGUAAUAGAAGGUUAUUUAAGGAAAAGAUGAGGAGAUAAAAAAAUUGCAAGAUAAGUUGUAAGACUUUCAGGAUUAAGACAAAGAUCUAUCAGAUAAAUUAAAAAGGUUGAUGAAUGAAAAUGAGAAAAAUACAUAGCUGAUACGAUAAUUGUAGUCAGAAAAAGUAGAAUUGGAAUAACAAAUAUUAGAGUUAAAGAAAUUGUUGUCUUAGUAUGAAUAGGAAGCUAUCGAAUUCUAGAAGGAGAAAUAAUAACUACUUCAAAAAAUAGAAGAUAUCCAAAAUGAUAAGACUGAAGUCUAAUUAUUAAAUAUUGAAAUAGAGAAAUUAAAAGUAGAGUUAGAAUAGAAAUAGAAUUAUGAGGAAUUAAAAGAGGUUGCUAAUUAAAUUAAUACAAUCUAUUAAGAAAAGCAUCUGUUGGAAACUUAACACAUUGAACUCUAACUUUAGUAUAAUAGAAUAGUUGAAGAACUCAAAGAAUGGAAAAAUAAAUAUGCUAAAGUAGAAAAUGAUAAGAAAAAUAGUGAUUCUUAAAAUAUAGUGCUAAAAGAUAAGUUAGAUUAGCAAUAAGAUACCUAUUUAGCAUAAAUCAAAGCGAAGGAUGAAAAGAUACGUUAACUAUAAUAGGAAUUAGAUGAUGCUCAACAAUAAAAUGAAAAUUUAGAAUAACAAGUGCAGGAUUAAUGCAAAAACAUGAAAAUUAUUCCCAAAAAAGUUUAAGCUCCUCUUCUUAAGAAUAAUUCAUUUUAGCAAGUCUUUGUUGAGGAUAAAGUAUUUUCAAAGGAUGCUCCUAAUGAAGAAAUCUAAUUGAAGUUUUCAGAUAUAAAUUUUACUAGAUCUAAAGGACACCUUACAAUAUGUUUUUGGGUUAAAAUUGAUAGAACAACUUCAAAAGAAAUGAUCCCUAUUCUCAAAAUUAGUUCAGAAAAUAAAAAACUUCUAGAAAUGGGUGUUUAUUUAGAUAGCAAAUAAGUUUAUAGUACCUUUAUUCCUAACAACCACCCCAAAAAUACUAAAUAAUAAAAUCCACUGACUGUUACAUCUUAAUUGCCGAUUAAAUUGGGGGAAUUUUAAUUUUUAGCUUUGAUUUUAAACGAAUCUGGCUAAUAUAUGGAUAUGGGGUUAUGCUUAAACGGAGUUCGAGAUGACUAAGUUUCUAUUUCCACUUCCUUAAUUUUCCCAGAAGCUUAAUUGUCAUUUGGACAAUACACAACUCAUCAUCUAGUACUAAAAGACUGUUUGGUAAUCACAGAGAAUUUGUAAAGAAUCAAUAUAUUUAAAGAAGUAUUCUAAACUUUCUAUUGUAAAUAUAAUGGAAUUAAAAAGAUGAGUAGGAGAUAGGGAUAAAAGAAAGAUAACAUCUCCUACCUAUCUGCCGGAGAUCUAAUAUUCUUUUUAAUAUAGCAAUAUGAAUAAUCUCCUCAGAAAUCAGGAAGCAGAUCCAAAUCUCCUCCCCAAAAUCAAGCAGUUACUAUUAAUAAUAGAACUAUUCCAGCUGCUUUAGUUAUUUAAUAUGAAUAAGCUAUUGAUUAGAAGAAAACUCAAGAGACCAAUCAUGAGGAGAUUCAAGAACCGCCUUAAUGGAGUCGAAGGUAUUCUGUAGAUAAACUAAAGAAAUUCUUAUAAACUAACUUAUCCUAUAAGCAAUUGUUAAGUCCAUUUAUUGAACUUUAUGAAUAUAUAAGUUUGGGAUUACAAUUGUUAUAGCCUCAAAGGAAUGAUGAAUAGCCUCCUACUAAAUUUCAUAAAGUAAUAAAACCCAAGAUACAAUUAUCCCCCUAUUAUAUGAUGCCAUACAAAGAAUUUCUGAGGUACAUACAAUUUGUUGGGCUACUACGUAUAACAAUUGAGAAAUUUGAUGAAUUAUGUGAAUAAAUGGAAGUAGUCUAUACGAUUAACAAAGAGAAAUAUAUUCACUAUGAUCACUUUCUGAUUGUUUUAAGGGAAUGUAUUAUGAAAAGUAAGGAAUUGAGGGAGAAAAAAAAAUAAGAAAAAGGUGAGCCUGAGCCACCACAAAAAAUUGAAUCAUAUAAACAUACUUAUAAGGAAAUCAUCGUCAAAUCAACAGGAAAAGAAGAACAAGAUAUUGUAUUGUCUAAUGCUGUUGAAGUGUCCGAAAUUUCAAUAAAAAAAAAUGAAUAAGAAACUAAAUUAGAGGUCAAAUUGAAAAAUGAUUCUAUCUAAACAUAUCCUCUUGAUUAUUUGUCUGGAGCAUCUAUUGGUUCAUUGAAUCUCACUUUAUAAAGAAAGUUAACUUUUAUAUUUACUAAUAAUUCUAAACUUAAUGAGAUUAAAAUAGAAAACCAAUUUUUAUACUUGGAAGAAUAAAGUGAAAUAACGUUGAGACAUGAGGUAGAAUUAGAGGAGAAUGAAAAAAUAGUCGAAUUCAACAUUAAUGAUAAGCAAGUAAGACUUGUGGUCCAAAUGUCAAAAAUGUACAUUGAAGAAAUUCCUGCACCUGAAUUAGAUCCAGAUAAUGAAUUAGAAAAUUUGAGCUUACCUUAGGUUCCAGAGAAUUGGAACUUAGGCAAAUUCUAUGUCAACAUUACUAGAUGCUAAAAUUGCGAUAAACACUAACAGACUACUAGACAUUAAGAGAAGGACUUUAUUGAAAAGAAAGAAUAUGUUACUAAUAUUCUCAAGGAACUAUUUCCUAAUGUUGAAAUCGUUGAAAAUGAAGAUAAGACUGACAAAUUAGAAAAUUUCGAGGUUUAUAUAAAAAAUGUUAUCGAUCAUAACAAGAUUAUACUGCUUUAGAAGCAAGAGAGUAUGAAAAAUUUUAAGGAUCAUUUUAAAGACAAAUUGCCAGAGCUAUAUGAAAAUCUUAUGCACAUCAUCAACUUUUUUGGUACUACGGAGAAGUUGGGACAAGAGUAAGAUAAGUUAAAGUGA